AUGGCAAAACACACUGAUGAUGCCGACUAUGAUUCCGGCGAAACGUUUGAGAAUGUACCAAGUCUACUGUCUGAUGCUGGGAAUGAUGACAACCACUCUGGCAGACGACUUCGGACUAGGUGCAUUCUACCAAGUCGCCCUGACAACAAGACACGAAGCAAGAGUCCCAACUGCUUCGGUUUCCGCUGGGGCCGCCAAUCGACGUUGCAUACAGAAUGA